AUGCCCAAGGGAACCAUUGCCAUCGAGGAGGCGGUGCUCGACCCCGCAGGCAUCGAGCGCCACGCCCGUGACGCAGCCAUGUACGCCCCGGGCCAGGACAUCCGCAACCACCCGCUGACCGCCGCCCUGCUGGACAUCCACGACCAGCGCCUCGCGCGCAUGGACGCCGAGGGCGUCGAGUACAUGCUCCUCUCCCUCACCUCGCCGGGCUGCCAGGGCGAGGCCGACCCGGAGGAGGCGGCCCGCGUCGCCGCCGAGAGCAACGACUGGCUGUCCAAGGAGUGCGCGCGCAACCCGUCGCGCUUCGGCGCCUUCGCCGCCGUGUCGAUGCACAGCGGCGAGGCCGCGGCCGCGGAGCUGCGGCGCGCGGUCACGGAGCUCGGCAUGAAGGGCGUCAUGCUCAAUGACUACCAGACGGUGCAGGACACGGGCAAGGGCGAGAAGCGGUACUUUGACGAGCCCGAGUACCGCGUCUUCUGGAAGACAGUCGAGGAGCUCGACGUGCCCGUCUACAUGCACCCGCGGUACCCGAUGGCCUGCGACCUCGAGGGCAAGGGCAGCUACGCGCCGCGGAAGCAGCUGCUCGGGGCGGCGGUGCAGUUCCACUUGGACCUGAGCUUCCACAUCUACGCACUCUGCUCGUGCGGGAUCUUUGACGAGUUCCCCAAGGUGCAAGUCGUUGCUGGGCACUUGGGCGAGGGCAUCCCUUUUAACCUCUGGCGAGCGGACCAUUGGUACAACAAGCCGGUGAAGAAGGCAACCAGGCCAUCAAAAGAGGAUUACAGCUACUAUUUCAAGCACAACGUCUCCAUCACCACCUCUGGGGACUUCAACACAGCUGGCCUGAAGUUUUGCAUCGAUGAAAUCGGAGCAGACAGAUGCAUGUUCGCUAUUGAUUACCCCUAUGACACGGUAAAGGAGGGCCAAGACUGGUGGAAGAGCAUAGAUCUCCCGGCAGAUCAGAAGGAAGCAAUCGCGCGGAGAAACGCUAUCAAGCUGUUCAAGUUGCCGCUGGAGCUAUAA